UGCUAACCGAGACUGCUUCCUCUUCCUGCGUUACUAUUUCUUUGCACCCUGCACCUGCGAGCUCAUACCCAAUCGUUCAUCCCGUUCUCACUGUCUUGUGUCACUCCAUCAUCCAUAGUGGUGUGGAUGCAGGAAAGGAGGGACGCCCUUCCUGAAUUCCCUGUUCAUGUCUAAGUACUGACCUCUGCUAGCUCGUGCUCGAAGGCACCGAGUCCUUGGAAACAUGUCGAUGGAGCGGGUUUGCUACGUGCACUGCAACUUCUGCAACGCGAUCCUCCUGGUUAAUGUUCCGAGGGACAAUUUGUUGGACAGUGUGAGAGUAAAAUGUGAGUGUUGCUCCAGUUUGCUGUGUGCGAGUUCAGGUGUUCAGUUUCAGAAACUCCCUCCUCAAGAUAUCCAGCUGCAGAAUCACAAUGUAGGGUCUCAAGGUCUUCACAUGGAUUGUGGAUCUUCUUCUAUGUGUGCCAACAUGAAAACGAUGAACUCCAUGAGGAGUGUUCAGCAGCAAAUGCUACAAAUUCACCCAGCCGAGAAGAGACAACGCGUUCCUUCUGCCUAUAACAGAUUCAUCAAGGAGGAGAUAAGAAGACUAAAAGCUACUAAUCCAGACAUCAGCCAUAGAGAAGCUUUCAGCACUGCAGCAAAAAAUUGGGCGCACUUGCCUAGCAUUCAUUUCAAGCUCUCCCUUCAAAGGAACAAACAACUGUGACGGGAUGAUCGUCUGGUUGGCUUCAUACAAAAGAACGGUCGUCAAUGUGGGAUGAUUGCUUCUUGCGUUUCAUCGAUAAUAAAGCUGGUUUAGUUUGAUUUACAUAUGGAGAGCUGUGUUAGGCCUCCUUGUGAUGCUGUUGUACUCUAUGAUUGCACCAUGUAAAAGAUGGGUGGGAGGACGGUUCCAUUGAUUACAGUGUUAA